AUGAAGAACCAGCUUGAAGUUGUUCAAGUAUCAACGUCCAAUCUCGAUGAGCAAAUCGAUAAUCUUAGUCACAAAUUAGAUCAUUACCCAAAUAUAUCCAUCGAUACCGAAUUCGGAUGGUUCAAACGAGACAUGAACAUUAACGGUACUGAUCUUGAGAUAUACGAAGAUCUCAAGUACAAUCUCACUCAUUCCAAUCUACGUGAAAUCGGAAUGACGGUGUCCGAUAACGGCGGUGAAGUAGGCGGAACUUGGCGGUUUGAUUUUUUUCCAUCUAAGAAGGCUGGUAUUACGCUACGUGAUUGUAUUCCUACGAAGAAGUUCAUCACAAGAUUCAAGAAAUUGAUGCAAGAUUUUCAUGGAAAGGUGAAAUGGUUUACUUUUGCUGGUUAUUUUGAUGUUGCACACCUUGUUUCUUUACUUGAAAGAAAACCAUUACCGGAGUUGAUAAAAUCAUCACCGGCGACGGCGACGACAACGGCGACGACAUACAACAUAGACGGUGAAGAAGGGUUUGUGGAAGUAGUACAGAGGUACUUCGGAAAAGUGUAUGAUCUUAAAGUAAUUGCUAAACAUUAUGAAAAUUUAUUUGGGAAAAAUAAGUAUUUAGGGUUACAAAGAUUAGCUAAUCAGAUUGGUGUUAAACGGGUUGGAAGAGAACAUGAUGGUGCUUCUGAUAGUUUGUUAACUGCUGGUAUUUUUGCAAAAUUUAUCGAAUUCGGGUGGAUUUCGGAUUCGGAUCAAGGGUUUCUUUCUUUACUUCCUCACCAAGUUUGCUAUGAUUCUACUAAGAUGAUGAUACAGACGAAGAAUGAAGAAGAUACGUCAAUAACGACUUCAACCAACAUGGAACCCGCCCAUCAACCCUAUCCUCGGCCCGUUAAUGGACCGGUAACCGGGUACCCUAUGGGUCAUUAUCCGGUACCACAAUAUGAUCCAAGAUUUCAGCAUGGGCCGGUGUACGGGUAUGGGCCAAGACCAAUGAUUGGGCCCGUUCGAUUUGGACCGGUUAUGAGCCCGGGUCCAGGGAUAUUACGUACAACUCCAUAUGGAACUUUGUUCUACCCGGCAGUGAGGGUAUUCCAUCACCAACCUCCACAUAUGAUAUCAUUAGUUCCCGGUUAUUAGAUUUUUCAAGAAUUCAUUUUGUAAAUUGUAAUACAUUAACUUAGUUCGUUCUCUCCUUGAAAUAC